GAUUUUUUGGACCGCUGGAAUUGGAGUAGGACGUCCCAGUCCUUCGUCGUGUUGGACUUGGGGAAAGUUCUCGGAUCUGCGGCUCAGCGUUCCCCAGCAGGAGCCUGCUGCUUCUGGCAACGAUUGAGGUGGUGGAAGAAUUAACUAUGUGAACCAAACCAUCUGUUUCCUACACACAGCUUGCAGCUCCUCCCCGGGACUGUUGAAGUCCAUUUUGGUGUAUUACUCCCCCAGUUUUGAGGGUAGAUCAUUUUCAUCUAGCUAAUUUAUCUUCAUGGAGACAAUGGAAGAAUUUGAUAAGGAGUGUCCAAUGCUAAAGACUUUUUGUAAGCAGCUCACAGAGGAUGAAUUUGAAGACCAGACUUUGACCUACACAGAGCAGGCCUUGAUAGACCUGUUUCACACCAUGGACGAGAACCCUGAGCUGUAUGAGAGAGUUAUACGAAGAAGGAAGCAAGAUGAGUUGGAAAAGUCUGGAGCUGGCAAUUGCUUAAAGGCAAAAUUUUUCCUGGCGGUUGAAGGUCAGCUGAACCGUUGCAAUGCUGUGGGAUCUAAAGAGCUGAGAGAGAGAGUGGGCCAUCUAAAAGAGGACAUGAAGAAAGUGUAUUGUUAUGCUAAAGAGGCCAAAUGCUCAGCUAAAAGAAAAUCUAUACGUGUGGCUGAAAGAAGAGAAAAGGCCGAAGCUUCGAGGGAAAAUGUGCAUCAUCAAAAACUGCCAGUAGCACCCCCUCCGCCACCUCCACCCCCUCCUCCAUCUACUGUGUACACCCCACUGAAAGAUCACACAAAUUUCAGAAAGACCCAUAUUCAGAUGCUUUCAACUCCUGAUCUACUGGACAGUUAUGGACUAUCAAGGCUAAAGCAACAGACAAAGAGUAAGAAAGAGAGAACUGUUCCAGCAGAAUGCACUCAAGAAAGAUGCCAUCUCACAAUUCAUAGUGAGCUCCUUGCUACAAAUCCUUUGAAGAGACUCAAGGCCACUGGAAUUGACAGGUCUCCAGGUGGAACCCCAGUGAACACUCCAAAAAAGCCCUCUGUAAAGGAGACCAUGGAGAACUCCCCAACUUCAGCAUUCAACACAGCUCUGCUUACAAAAUUUCAAAAUGUGAGGAGUCCGUUUGGAGAGACUGUGCCGCACUCCCCUGACAGUGAUGGAGAUGAUAGCUGCAGCAGCAACUUGGGAUUUGCAACACCCCCUGGGACCCCAUAAAUUCUAGGAAACAAAGCUGCACAUUCAUAGAGUAUAUCAGAAUGUAUCGUCCUUUUUAAAAUGCUGUGCAAACAUCUUGCUUUGUUCUUCAUGGCAGCACACCUACAAUUGUGAUGGAGUGCCUCAACAGGCUUAGUUACUCUUAAAGGCUGUAUGUUUGGCCACUUAACAGGUUAUUCACAACAGGGAGAGAUUAUUACUGCUUUUUAUUUAUUGUUAUGAAGACAAUCAGUUUUAAAAGUGACAACUAAUUGUAAAUAUUUUAAUAUGAUUUCAAUUUUAAUACUGUCUUUUAUACAAAGUUAAAAUUUAUGCCAAAGAAACUCUUAUAUGCAGUUGGUGCAUGUCUCGCCCUUAGCAGUGUGCUUUGAGACAAGCAUGUUGCUGACUGUAUCUUCUCAAGCCAUAAUGAAAGAAAGAAAUAAAAUGGAGACCGGGCCCACUUGCAUAUUAGUCCGCAGACAUUUGAAGGCCAAAGUAAACCUAGCAACAAUACGGUUUUCUAGCUUCCAUUUUGCUUGUCUCUGCUUUUUGCAGUUUGAAUUAUUUUUGUAAUCUACCAGUUCUUUAUUUUUUUUAAAUUGCAACAUUUUAUUGUAUAAUUUUUAUGCAUUCAUUAAAAUGUUAAAUCAAA